AGCAAAGCAACCUCAAGCUACAAUGGGAAGCUGUCGUCGGGCCUCCUGAAGCGGCGUUCCUUUCGGUUUGUCCUCUUGUACCGGUAUCUCGCCACUUGGAGCUUUCUUCUGAGUCCCCGAUGCCGCGCUUAUAAAACAACAGUGCGUACAGGACAUCACUGGAUCAAUUCUUUUCUCUGCUCGAGUUCCGGAAGCAGGGUCAUGCUGCUGCUCACGCUUGGUCUGUUUCUCGGCUUCAUGGUGCUGCUUUCUUUCUGCUCGAGCAAGGUAGAGUUUUCUAGCACGAGUUUCCUCGUCGACGGGCCGGAUGAUACUCCGAAGAGUUCGGGUCCACCAUUCAGUCUCAUAGAUGUAACGGCAGUCCAUUACCAUGGAGGCAGACUGCUCGUGGAACCUAUAGUGGUCUAUCUCAUCUGGCUUGGUCCGUGGGAGGACAAGUCCAAGGAAGCUCUUCGAAAUGCGGUUCGCUCGCUCUCGGUUGAAAGUGGUGAUGGACUGCCGGAUCUUUUCAACUGGUGGAAGGUUGCUACGCAGUACACAGAUGGGAACGGUCAGCCAGUUUCCAGUAAUGUGUCGCUUGGCACGGUGGAGUGCUCGAGUUCUACGGCGUCAAACUUAAGCAGAGAAGCUCUCACUUCACUUAUGCUCCAGGCUUUCAACGUCUCUUCUUCGCCGUCUGAAACGCCUCCGUUGUGCAGUUCAGUGCUCCCUCAAGAUGAGACCGCGGUGUACCAUCUUCUCUUUAGCGAGAAGGUGUCCUUUUCAGAAGACUUCCACACAUCUCUUUGCAGCAGGCGGUUUAGACUUUUCAAGGCUGAAGAAGUUGGUCCCGAGUUAAGCCUGGCAUGGUCCCGGGAGCCAGGGGGGGCGGAAUACUGCAACCUCUGGAGUUAUUAUCACGAGUUUCUUUCACCACCAAAUGCGAAGGAUAAAGGCCAGUUGGAUUCCCUGAUCAGCUCUGUGCUCGCACAAACUGUGUCCAUGGCAACAAACACUGACUUCGAUGGCUGGCACAGCAAUCUAUCUUCCACAGUCACGACCUUGUGUCCGUCUCCGACCGGUUUAUCAAUUUCUGCAAAGCCGGUGAUUGACGACGGGAAAAUCAGCUGGAACUUAAGCGGGAUAAAUGGCUACCGGUACAUGGUACAACAGAUUUGGAGCGACAAGACGAAACUCUGUGCACUUCACUCAUACGAACAUUGCAAGGGAUUGCGCGAGAGAAAUGACUAUCAUGGGAUUAUAAGUGAAGGGCUGAUUGUCAACCACAGUGUGGGACUCCAACCUUACAGCCACGGCUUGCAUUGCGAAUGGCGAGUCAGCAUGCCAGGGGCUGCUGUGGUACGCGUCAAGAUAAACUACAUGGCCAUUGUGAAAAACGUCGACUAUGUCUACUUGCACUCGUGCUUUGCGCCAGUAUAUAUCUACCGUUUGGAUGCAUGCUUGGAGAAAAUGUAUAGCGGGCUUGGCUCACCUCACCAGCUGGAACUCUACACUUCGGAGUUUCUUCUCGAGUUCAAAACUGGAAACAACCCAACCUUGACCGAGAUGGGCUGGGACAUCGCGUAUCAAGCUGGAUUUUGCUUCGGCACAACAAGAGUGACAGAAAAAAGUGGUGUUUUAACUGAUGGAACUCCCGAGAACGCGACUUAUCUCGAACAGCAUACUUGCGCUUGGUUUCUUGACGGCCCAAACGUGGAACUCGACUUCGUCCGUUUCGAUACAGUUCAAAACCAAGACGAGCUUCUGGUUUACAGAGGUGACAAGUCUGACGUAGCGAACAUAGUGAGAGUCUACACCGGAAGAUACUCUUCGCUGCCUCGAGAAACUUUUCCUGGUCCAGUGCUGCUCGAGUUUCGAACUAAAACUGGGAAUGGACGGGGCUGGGCUCUGAAGUACACGAUAAAGCCUGCUGGUGGACUCUCGCCACCGGAAGAUCCAGCAGUGAUCAUAGCAGCCGUGUGUGGAGGACUGGGAGGCAUGCUCGUUGCAGGAUUGAUCGUUCUUACGUAUAUGCGGCGUGUGCUCUUGCUCUUCGACGACAACGAUCGUGAGAUGGAACGUCCAUUGUUGCUGCCAAAGAACAUUAAAGUCUUCUCUCCACAAGUUUUGCGAGAAGCCACCGACAAGUUUAGCUCCAGCAACUUGAUAUCCAGGGGACGCAGAGCGUGUGUUUACAGAGCUAAACUACCUGAUGAACAGCAAGUAGUGGUGAAGAAGACGAAACUGGCACGCGACGAGCUCCUGGUGAUCUCCAGCGCCAGCCAUUUCAACAUCGUUGGCGUCACGGGCUACUGCUUCAAUCGCAAGGAAAACUUCCUCGUUCUCGAAUAUGUCCCAAACGGUUCACUAGCGGAUCAUCUCUUCUCUAACGCUAGCACACUGGCUUGGAGCUCGAGACUGAGAAUCGCGGUACAGGUUUCCAGCGCUCUCGAGUUCCUCCAUUCAUACGUGGAGCCGAGCAUCACCCACGGCCACGUGAGCUCAGACAACAUUCUCUUGGACAAGUCCUGGAACGCAAAGCUUGCCGGCUUUGGAAGCUCGCGGAGGAGCUGUGUGAAGAGGGUAGGCUCUCACAACUUCGGCCUCAAGGCGGAGGAAGUUUACAGAUUCGGAGGCUUGGUGAUGGAGCUAGUCACAGGGGACAGAUCGAGCAGCAAGGCAAGACGGGCAUGCGAGGUGAUUGAAUCUGGAAAGGAGGAAAUGUUGGGCCUUGUUCUUGACAGGAGGUGUGGUAGCAACGACGUCACGGACAAGAGAGCAGUGCUAAAGCUGGCAGAAGUUGGAGCGUGGUGCAUGACAAAGGAGGCCAAGGAGAGGCCAACAAUGGUGGAAGUGGCAUCGGCAUUGAGACAGGUUCUUGCGAUCUCCAUGCGCUCCAGACGCUAGCUAUGGUGACACGCAGUUU